CUUUCAGACAUUUCAUUUCGGGGGGGAAAUGGAAUCAUACAGUAGCGGCAGCCACUUCCUCGCCUUUUCCCUCUCCGUCGUCAGUCUGUGGGGCUUCUGGUCAACUGCUCACUCCCAUGACUGUGAUGAUCACUUGGUGUCUGAUUUGCCUCAGUUGGUGUUCGAUUCCUCCUCCGAGUUGUCUAAUAGUCACAACCCUGGCUUUGCAAAACUGAACAGACGAGAUGGGGCAGGUGGAUGGUCCCCGCAGGAAUCUAAUAAAUACCAAUGGCUACAGAUAGAUCUCGGUGAGCGGACAGAAAUCACAGGAAUUGCAACUCAAGGUCGAUAUGGUAGUUCAGACUGGGUAAUAAGCUACCUGCUUAUGUUCAGUGACACUGGAAGGAACUGGAAGCAAUAUCGACAGGAAGACAGCAUUUGGGCUUUUGUAGGAAACUCCAACGCUGAUGGUGUUGUGCGACACAAAUUGGAGCAUUCCAUUAAGGCCAGACUCCUUCGCUUUGUUCCCCUUGAGUGGAAUCCAUUUGGUAGAAUAGGAAUGAGAGUUGAAGUUUACGGAUGCUCAUAUAAAUCUGAUGUCGUCGACUUUGAUGGAAGAAGCACACUGCUUUACAGGUUUAACCAGAAGAGCAUGAGCACAAUCAAAGACAUUGUCUCUUUGACGUUCAAGACAAUGCAGAGUGAUGGAGUAAUGUUGCAUGGAGAGGGGCAGCGGGGAGAUUACAUCACUCUGGAGCUGAAGAAAGGCAAACUCUUACUACACAUCAAUUUGGGAGAGACAAAGUUACAUUCCAUCAGUGGUCACACCUCGGUCACACUGGGCAGCUUGUUGGACGACCAGCACUGGCACUCCAUUACAAUUGAACGGUACAACAAGCAGGUGAACUUCACUGUGGAUAAACACACACAGCACUUCCGAACCAAAGGAGAGAUUGAUUACCUGGAUAUUGAUUAUGAGCUCAGUUUUGGAGGUAUUCCAGUUCCAGGAAAAUCAGUGACUUACCAGAGGAAGAAUUUCCAUGGCUGUAUUGAAAACCUCUAUUACAACGGAGUGAAUAUUAUUGAUCUGGCCAAGAGACGCAAACCUCAGAUACACAUUCUGGGCAAUGUUAGCUUUUCAUGUUCAGAGGCACACAUUAUCCCAGUCACAUUCAUGAGUCCCAGGAGUUAUUUGAUGCUCCCCAGCCCACCUCAAAUGGAAGGACUGAGCAUUAGUUUCCAGUUCCGCACCUGGAACACCCAUGGACUGCUGUUGUACAAUGAGUUUCAUGGAGAUCCUGGAGCAUUGCAGAUUCACCUCAGUGAUGGAAGACUGAAAAUAAACAUUCUGAAGAUGUCAAGGACCCAAACUGACUUUGCGACAGGUUCAGAGCUGAAUGAUGGGCAAUGGCAUUCGAUUCAUUUCAGUGUGAGGAGGAAUCAAGUUAGCAUCAGCCUGGACAACAAACGUAUCUCGACUGUUCAUUCAGAUGCACAGAUUAAUUCAGGAAGCAGUUAUUAUUUUGGUGGCUGCCCUGAAGCUGCCAGUGACAAUGGAUGUUCAAACCCCUUUGGUGCUUUUCAUGGCUGCAUGCGACUCAUCUUCAUAGACAAUCAGCCAGCAGAUCUCAUCUUGGUACAGCAAGGGUUGCAUGGGAACUUCAGUGACCUACAAGUAGACCUUUGUGGAAUUGUAGACAGAUGCUUACCAAAUUACUGUGAACACGGAGGAGAAUGUUCCCAGUCCUGGAGUAUGUUCUACUGUAACUGUACAGGGACCGACUACACUGGAGCCACCUGCCAUAACUCGGUGCAUGAGCAAUCAUGUGAAGCUUACAAACACAAAGGGAACACAUCAGGUUUCUUCUUCAUCGAUCCCGAUGGCAGUGGGGCAGUGGGACCUCUCUUUGUGUACUGUAACAUGACAGAAGAUAAAACAUGGACUGUGAUCCACCACAACAACAGUGAGCUCACCGUCAUACAAGACUCCACUGCAGAAAGACCCCAUGUUGCUCUCUUUAAUUACACAGCCAGCAUGGAACAGAUUCAAGCCAUGAUUAAGAGCAUGGAGUAUUGUGAACAAGAAAUGGCCUACCACUGCAAGAAGUCACGCCUUUUAAACACACAAGAUGGAAUUGCCAUUUGGAUUGGGAGAACCAAUGAAAAACAUCUAUACUGGGGUGGUUCAUCAUCGGGCGACCAAAAAUGUGCAUGUAGAUUGGAGGAGAACUGCUUAGAUAUGAAGUAUCACUGUAACUGUGAUGCUGCCAGUAAUAAAUGGACUAAUGAAACAGAACUCCUUUCCUACAAAGACCAUUUGCCUGUAACACAGAUUAUUGUUGGGGAUACAAACAGAACACACUCAGAAGCAGCCUACAAACUUGGACCACUUCGUUGUUAUGGUGACAGAAAUUACUGGAAUGCAGCUUCAUUUAACACUGAGAGUUCAUAUCUCCAUUUUCCAACAUUCCAUGGGAAGAUAAGUGCAGACAUUUCAUUUUUCUUCAAAACAACGGCUUCCACAGGAGUUUUCCUGGAGAACCUGGGAAUCAAGGACUUUAUAAGAAUAGAGCUGAACUCUCCAGUGGAAGUGGUUCUUUCAUUUGAUGUGGGUAAUGGACCGUUGGAGGUUAUUGUGAAAUCACCCAUGCAUUUGAAUGACAAUCAAUGGCAUUAUGUUGAAGCAGAACGAAAUAUCAAGGAGGCAUCUCUUCAAGUGGAUCACCUGCCAAGAAGCUCUCAAGAGGCACCCUCUGAUGGGCACAUUCAGUUACAGCUCAGCAGCCAACUGUUUGUAGGUGGAACAGCCUCAAGACAGAAGGGCUUCCUAGGAUGCAUUCGAUCCUUACGGUUAAAUGGGAUCACCCUUGAUCUUGAAGAAAGAGCUAAAGUUACCCCUGGAGUGAAGCCUGGCUGCCUGGGACAUUGUAGCAGUUACGGUAACCUGUGUCAUAAUGGAGGAAGGUGCAUAGAGAAAUACAAUGGCUAUUUAUGCAACUGUAGUCACUCUGCCUACAAUGGUCCAUUCUGUAAGAAAGAGAUUUCUGCCAUCUUUGAACCUGGAACGUCAUUGGUAUACACAUUACAGGAACCUUUCAUCUUGGUCAAGAAUUUAAGUGAUCUUUCAUCUGCUGCAUCUUCAGAACACACGUUUUUCAGAGAAAAUAUUGCAUUCAGUUUUCGAACUAGACACACUCCAUGUAUGCUUCUUUAUGUCAGCUGUCUUAAUGAGGAAUAUUUGGCUGUGACUCUCUCCAAAAAUGGGAGUUUUCAGAUAAGAUACAAACUGGAUGGUGAUGGAGAUCCAGUUUUCAUUAGCAUCAAUACCAGAAACUGGGCGGAUGACCAGCUCCACAGUGUCAAAAUCGAUCGAGAAGAAAAAGAUAUCUAUAUUCAGAUUGACCAAUUUACUACCAUGAAGUAUAAUCUCCCCUCAGAUACAAAUCUGGAGUUUAAUGUCGUUAGAUCUCUCAUUCUUGGCAAGAUUAUGGACAGUGAUAAUAUGGAUGAAGAGGUACUGAGGGAAAACACAGAAGGCUUCAGUGGCUGCCUCUCCUCAGUCCAGUUUAAUGGGAUUGCACCACUGAAAGUUGCCUUGCAUCAGCCCAGCUCUCCUGCCAUCUCCAUAAAAGGCCACCUGGUGGAAUCUGACUGUGGAUCUUCAGCGCUGAGCGAAUCAACGGCCUUCACCACCUCGUACUCCUUAACAGAUCAUUCAGGAGCGAUAGAUGUGGGGGAACCUUUAAAAAAUUCAGUCAGAAGUGACUCAGCUGUCAUUGGAGGUGUGAUAGCGGUGGUGAUCUUUGUCACCCUCUGCAUCACGGCCAUCAUGGGACGCUUGUUGUACAAGCACAAAGGGACGUACCGCACCAACGAAACAAAAGAGGUGGAAUAUGCCGAGACCACAGAUGCCACACUGAGGACCAAUGCCAAUAUGCAGGACUCUGUUAGUGAGAGCACAAAAGAAUAUUUCAUCUGACAGCGAUGGAAGCCCCUCCUCAUUUCGACAGUUGCAACAGCAGAAUAACGCCAACAGUCUGGACUUGCUGCCUGCUAUGAGUUCACUGUAAAUUCUCCAGACUAAAUGGUCAAACAUUGGCUCAAGGAAUUGUGCAGUUCACAUAGGCAGAAGUAGUAUUUUCUUGUUAACUGUGGGUGAGCUCAGGGGAGUGGAGAUGUAAUUUUUUUUAGAAUUAAAUAAGGAUAUAGAAGCAGCUAUUGAAUGUUGAAAGUUGUUUUAAUUGGUCCAAAGCCAAUAAUCCUAUUUAUCUACAUAGCAUUAUUUUAUACAUUGACCACUGCAGUUGAAUAAUUUACAAAGAAGCUGGAACUACAUCAGAUCCCUCUGUUGGAAUAAUCUGACAUUAGGAAUUUCGAUGUUGUUUCUACCUAUAAGACCUCAGUAGCAAGAGCUUCUUCAUUCAGUGAUCUUUUGUGGUUGUUCUAGGUGACAGGUUCAGUUGAUUCCUCUGUUCUGCAAUGAAGUUGGUAUUUCAAUAACACACUUCCAAUCUGUGCUUGGCUGUAAAUGGUUAUGAAAAGCUGAAAUACGAUUAGUGCAGUUGAUAGAAAGGCGUGAUUUUAUUUUCCCAAAGAACUGGAAUAAUCAAAACAAAAGCAGUUCAUGCUAUCAUGCUUACAACCUAUCUAUGGUGCAUUGGAUAGAUUGCAGUUUCAGUCUGAGUAGAAAUGUUUGAUAAGUUUCUGUCCCCUGCGCAACAGAAUUAACUGUCUUUAAAAAAAACAGCAUUUAACUAUGGAACACUAUGCUGAAAAUCAAUUAACAUGUCUUGGCCAUUUCAAAUUGUCGCAAUCACAAUCCAAUUGGAAUAAAGAAGGUGCUCUGAUUUAGA